CACCUUGUUUAAGCAGCAGCAUCUCAGAGCGGCGAGCAGCUUCGAGCCACGCCGGAGAAGGAGCACAACUGGCCGCAGAGAGGCGUGCACGACCACGGCGGAAGUACUCAAUGAAAAAAGGGGCUAUUUGUUGGAUUAGAAAACCUUAGUUUAAACAAGGCAGUGUUUCCCGGUUACAUUUGGGAGUAGUGUAACCAGUGAUAGUGGCGGGGAGUUAGGGGAGAAAGAUGCAGUUGUGUAGCUGCUCCGAGCGCCGCGGAGUCCGCCAGCAAUGCUCGUGAUGCCUGCCGCCGUGCGGGGAUCACCGGCGCCCAGCAGCGAUAGCGGGAGGAGGAAGAGGAGCAGGGCGGGUUAACAGGGCGGUCGAUGACGAUGAGUUUGAGGUCGAGAUCAUGGCCAACGGAACCGGUACAAUCAUGUUGAAAUGUGUGGUAGUCGGGGACGGUGCUGUGGGGAAAACGUGUCUUCUUAUGAGCUACGCCAAUGACGCCUUUCCCGAGGAAUAUGUCCCAACAGUCUUUGAUCAUUAUGCAGUGAGCGUCAAUGUCGGAGGAAAACAGUACUUGCUGGGACUCUACGACACCGCCGGUCAGGAGGAUUAUGACCGACUGAGGCCAUUGUCCUACCCGAUGACCGAUGUCUUUCUCAUCUGCUUCUCUGUGGUUAACCCUGCCAGUUUCCAGAAUGUGCGUGAAGAAUGGGUGCCUGAGUUGCAGGAGUAUGCACCCAGUGUCCCCUACCUGCUCAUCGGCACCCAGAUUGACCUACGUGAUGACCCCAAGACCAUUGCCAAACUCAAUAAUAUGAAAGAGAAACCUGUAGUGACAGAGCAAGGGCAGAAACUAGCAAAGGAGAUUGGUGCAUGUUGCUAUGUGGAAUGUUCCGCACUAACCCAGAAGGGCCUGAAAACGGUCUUUGAUGAGGCCAUCAUUGCCAUUUUGGCUCCCAAGAGGAAGAGCGCUCUGAAGAGAAGACUGGGACCCAGUUGCAUCAACUGCUGUCUGAUCACAUGAUACACACGCACGUGUCAUUAUGUGUCUUAGACUUACGGAAUGACGUCAGCUGAGCAGAGGACAACAAAAGAGUGACUUUUUAAGAUGCAAGGCACUCGGAGGUUCAUGACUUUGAAAGAAGAGUUUACUGCAUUACCACCGCACAAUAUCCAAAAGACUCUUCUAAAUUUAGUUGUUUUAAUCUCUAAAUUACUUUUUCAACAUUGAGUAUGAUAUGUUUGCAUUUCAAAUGGAGAUUUAUGCUUGAUUUAAAAAGAAAAUGUCAGAAUAUGAAUACUUUUGAGAAGGCCUGUCAAAGGAAAAAUGGUAACGCAGAAAUCAACCAUAACCAUUUUUGUCUUGCCACUUUCUCUAAUUUGUCAAUUCACAAGCGACAGAUAAACUAGGUGUUUUAUGAGAGUGUGAGGUGAGUCUCCCUUAGAGCCACCAGAAGACUGUAGCAGCUUGAGCAAGAUGAAGAAAACCAUCUGUUUCACACCUGCUCGGCGAGCUUCAGUCAUGUUACAAUUAAAAUGGCUUCAUACCUCCGACAGAGAGCAACUAGAGCCAGAAAAUAUGCUCCAGUAAAUAUUUUUGUGUUGCCCGGAAGGCCCCAGACAGUUCACGUUCUUGGGCUUUAACCCCUGGAUUAAACCACAUGUGCUUAUGUAUAAGGGGUAACAACUCAGUCGUAAAGUGAAAUGUUGUAUCAACAAAAUAUUUUGGACCCAGAACUGUAUAUUUUUAAAGUUAAUAUUUUGUUUAGGUGUACUUUUAUCACUUUCACAGUAUGAUAGCAGGAUGGACAAAUGGUCCUUUAGGAGUGCUGCAUACAUAACUCCCAAAGAAACAAAUCACACAGACUGUCAUCAAAAACGGGUGGCAAAAAAGACCUAAUUCUACUGUACUUUAUAUUAAAGAUGAAGCACACUCUUCUGUUCUUAACACUGCCCCUCUUCAAGCACAGUGAUGGGCUUGCAGGCACAAACUUCAGCACAGUUUAGCGUUAUACCAACUCACAAUCUAUAGAGUGAGGAAAAUAAUAAUUUGAUCUGAACAGUCUGUCAUUUUUGAUUAUUUCAACAGACUGUGAACAGAAACAAACAUUAAAUGUACUAGAAUAUUUUGUAUUUUGAUUGAGUGAAAAAAGAAUUGGAUCCCUAAGCAAAAUGACUUAGAGAAAACCCUGUCUGGCAAGCACAAAGUCUGAGUUUGUACACGUCUCAGGAGUGAUUUUGGUGCAGUCCUCUACAGAUUACAGAAGGUUUGGAAGUCAACUUAAAGAUUUCGAUAUUUUAUAAGACUAGCUAGGACCUGAAGUGCUUCUUUAAGUCAUUUUUGUUCUAACCCCAGGCCGUAUAUCGUCAUGCUGGAAUACCAAUCCAUGACCCGGCUUCAUUGUUCUACCUAAGGCCAGGAUUCCGUCCUCAAUGCGGUGAGGUCGUCCUCUACCUUUGGCAGAGAAACAGCCCAAAGUAGAAUGUUUCCACCUCUAUGGUUGACAGUGAGUCGUAUUCUUCUGUCUCCAAACACGACAAGUUGAGUUGACGUCAAAGAGAAUUUCGAGCUCAUCUAACAGAGUUCAUUUCUUCCGAUCCCUGGCCAGUUAGUCUUGCUAGUUGGUCAGGGAUCAAACACUUACUUCAAUUACAAAUCAAGAUAUAACCUUUUAUAUAAUGAUUUUGGUUGUUAUUGUUUCUGGUACAAAAAAAAAACGCUACCAUAAAAAUAUUGACUGUUCAUGUCUUUUUAAGGGGUUAGAUUGAUAAAAUAAGCAAAAGAUCAAACUGAUUAUAUCCCCACUGUACAUGUAUCAAGUUUUACGAUUUGAUUACAAUGCUUGUGAUUGAAAUUGUUAAUAGUAGCUUUUUUGGCAAUGGUUAACAAAAAAUAAUAAGAUAAUCAGACAAACUAUCUGGAAUUACAUUUGUAACAUUUUUUUCCCCUAAAGAGCUAUAAUGAAGGCACUAAAUCAAGAUGCAAUAGAACUGCUUGGAAAAAAAAUAUGGUUAGUUUGCCAAUAAUCUACCUGUUCUGGCUCAAAAUCAGAAGUCCCCACUGACUGACCGCUAUAUUACAUGAGUUCAAAACAUGUUUUUCAUAUACAAAUAAAUAGCCCAGUCAUUAAUGUAAGUGUUGCCAAAAUGAUUCCACUUCAUCUUGUUUUGUUACUUUUAAUGCAAUGUGACUGUGACUCAAUGCCUUUGGACGAUUCACAUGAAAACAUGUGGUUAAUUUGCAACUAGGGAUGUAACAAUAUGAACAUUUAAUAUCAGGGUUUUUGUGAACAAAAUGAUCACGGUUAUUAUUAUUGCAGUAUUGUUGAAUGUGCUCAACAAUACUUAUACACACACUGAAAUGUUUUGAUUACAAAAAUGCCCACUAUUUUGCAUGUUUUGCAUUUCUUAUGCUCCACUGACAGAUACCCUACUAAAGAGUGUUCUGGCAGGUGUUGUGGUGUCCUACUCUGUUCAGUGGUCCUUGAACGCACCAUAAAAACACCACCAUGUCAUAUAUCGACCAUUGUGGUCUAAGAGAGCACAGCUUUUAGGUUACAUUUGCACAAUUCAAUAUCUUAAUUGCUCAGGCAGCAAUGUGUUUAUACAAGCUGAGAUUGGGCUAUGUCGUAUUCAUGUCAGCAUUUAAGAUCAGUUGGUCUCUGAGUUUAUUCAUCAAAGCGUCGCUAUCAUUGUUUUUUGAUCAUUUGAAUUUAAAUCGAUAAAACUAACCGUUCAGUUUUUCCACAGUUAACAUCAAUAUCGUUACAUCCCUAUUUGCAACCAAUAGAAAUGAAGCUAGUUUACAUUCAAAGCCAAAAGGAUGCAGCUUUUACAAAGAGUUUUGUAAUUGUUAAAGAGGUCACUGCAGCCCAAAUUGAGUAUCCGCCAAAGCCUGACUGGUCUAUUGUGCUUUAUUUGGUUGCAAUGUGAACCCUCCAAAGCUGGUUUAAUGUUAAAAUUAUCCCACUACUUGUUGUGACUAAGAAACCACUACUUUUUCACACUUGUAAUGACAAACUAUGAAUGGUUGUGAAACUAUUUCUACCACCAUCAUUUUCAGGUUGGAUCAAAAAUCAUACAGAUCAUCAAUUUGACCAAAAUCCACUUAAAAAUCUUAAUUUUCAAACUCCAGUUCUUGCUAUCUUCUAAAACAUAGAAUAAGUAAUACAAACUACAACAUAUUUCAAAUUUACAUUAAAUGUUAUUUACCAGCCCGAUGGGCGCUGCACGAGUGUCUUGCAAAACAAAGUUUCCAGUAAGCCAAACAUCCCAGAAAAAUGACUGCUUGUGUUCUCUUGGUAUGUUUUUUAAAGUGCCAUCUGUAGCAAAAGAACAGUAGUUCUUUUCAGUAUCUGAUGCGAUUGAUGCUUUAACGUAAAUGGUGCUCCUUUUUUCUACCCCAGCUUGCGCGAUUGUAUUGUCAUGGUGUGUUGUGGGGUGGGGAGGGGGUCGUCUUAGGCCCCAAAACGCUGCAGCAAUCAGUGCAUUGAUGCUCCAUGUCUGCUCAAUAAAAGUGUAAACUGUGUUAAAAAGA